AUAAUAUUUGAAUGAAAGCCUCACAAGGCUCUCUUGACAGAAAAAUUGUACCUUGUAAAAUAAACAAACAAAAUUCAUAUUUAAUAGUACAUAAUAAGCGGAAGUGCUCAGUCGUUGCAUAAUAUAAUAAUAAAAUUUUGCUCUGGACAGCAUCUGCCUGCACUCUUGUUUAAUGCAUCUCCAAAGCAUGAUGCGAUUUUGGACAACUAUAUUAUUUGCUCUGCUCUUUGCUUUUCCUUUGAUUCAGGGCAAAACUCUGAAAGAAUGGCAGCAAUUUGCAAAGGAUGCUAGAAAGGAGUGCGCAGAGCAACUUGAAUUGAGCGAUGCGGAAUUUAAUAAUUUUAACAGCACGCUUAAAGAAAAGAAUAAUCUGGCGGAUUUCACGGCCAAGCAAAGGUGUUUUAUGAAAUGUGUCACUGAAAAACUUACUGGAGAAAGCAUGAAUGACAUGGAAAAAUUCAUGGGGCGUACCAAAAAACUUUUGGACGAAAUUCCAUUCAACAUUUCAUCAACUAAAAAGGAGAAAUUAUCAGAAAUAAUCAUUGAAUGCCAAAAUUUGAGAGGCGAGAAUGAUUGUGACACCAUUGUCUUAAUUCAGCUAUGUGAAAAGGAAAAGCUUCAAAAGUUUGAUUUUGCAACUGAUGAUAAAGGCGAUGAAUGAUGGGAGUAACUUGGCAAUAACAAUGGCAACAUUUGGAAUAAAUUUAUACGCAAUGUAUUGAUAAAAAAGUAAAAAAUAAAUAUAUAGAUAAGAUUAAUUAGUUUCUUACAAAA